CGAAGAAGAAAAGGAGGAAGUUGACCUGGUAACGACCGCAUCUAAUAAACAGAAACACUUCGCCGGUCAUUUAUUCCCAGAGCUCAGUUCUCUCCUCCUUCUCUGUUCCGGAAUAAUAUUGCUCCUUCGCUGAAAGGCUCCAACACAGAGGAAGAAAUGGACGAGAUAAAGACCGAGCCUGUGGAUUUUGUGAAGGAAUUUCAAGAAUACCUGACACAGCAAACCCAGCACGUCAACAUGAUCUCAGGCUCCGUGUGUGGAGAGAAGGAGUCCCUGGAGCCGUUUCAAGCCGCUGCACCCAGAAGUGAGCAGAAUGGCCUGGACCCUCCGUCUGUGGAGGUGAGCCUGGCGAUGGAGGAUGGGUCCGAUGUGCAGAUGGACGGCCUGGAGAGGACCUGUGAUGGCAAAUACAAGUGCAGCUACUGUAGCUAUGCGAACAAGGGCAUGGCUCGCUUAAUAGAGCACAUCCGCAUCCACACAGGAGAAAAGCCACACCGCUGCCAGCUGUGCCCAUUCGCCUCAGCAUACGAGCGCCAUCUGGAAGCCCACAUGCGUUCGCACACAGGAGAGAAGCCAUACAAGUGUGACCUCUGCGCCUUCCGCUGCAGCGACCGCAGCAACCUGUCGCACCACCGCCGCCGCCGCCACAAACUUCUUCCCACGAGGGUCGUUCGCUCUUCCUUCUCCAACAAGAGAAUGCUGAGCGCCUUGCAGAAGAGGACGGGCGCGCUUGGCUUCAGCAGGCGACUGCUUAUCAAUUUCAACCCUGCCUCCAUGGUGAUGCCAAAGUCGGAUUAUCUAAACGACUUGUCUCACAAGCUCCACUACCAUAUGAAUGGCAGUGAGUAUAAGGACCUUCCCAAGGUAGAUGAAAGUGAUAGUCACAACAGAGAUGCUAAUGGUUUGACGUUUAAUAACCCGCUGGACCAGCUUUCCACACUUGCCGGCCAGUUGGCUGACCUUCACCCUGAGCCUCGGACUGCAACAUCUCCAGACAGGGAGUUUUUAGAAGAUGAGAAGCCCAUCCUCAUACAUCAGGUCUCUCUUGACCAGGUUGCAAUGUGUUCAAACAGAGUGCAGACAUCACCUCCUAAAGAAGAAGAAUCUUCCACCUCCGGCCGCGGCAGUUGUAGUCCUGUUCCUGGCCUCGGUUUUGAGAACCACAUGAACACGCUUCCUGCGAGUGUGAGCAACAGCCAGCCGAGCACACCCACUCCUGCCAUGAACACACUGGACCAACAGCUCUUUCAAAAAUGCCCGCACUGUGAUAUAGACUUUUCGGACAAUAUCCUCUACACCAUUCACAUGGGCUGUCAUGGCUACGAACAUCCAUUCCAGUGCAACAUCUGUGGACACAUGUGCACAGACAAAUAUGACUUUGCAUGCCACUUUGCCCGUGGCCAACAUAAAAAGUGAUUCCUUGUGACAGAGAAGCAUAUGGAGUCAAAUAUCCUUGUGUUUUCGGUAAAUUGUAUUAAACACAGUGACACUGGCUUUAUGUUUUUGUUUUUGUACAGUUUACUAUAAAUUUUACACUCACUAACUGCACUAUAUACUUUGCUUAUGACAGCUCUAUACAGCUUUCAACUAGGAGCUUUUUGACAUUAUUUUGACUGAAUUCGACGACAGACACAUAUUACACAAUAGCGUAGUUUGCAGUGUUAGGAAACUGACCUCUGUCCUGUUUCAUUGUGAUUUUGCAAAGAGUCACCAGGGCUUCACAGUGAAUUUCAAAUACACAGGCAACUCCAUUUUAACAAACAAAAUAAUCAACAGUAUUUAAAAAUGAACACAGGUAUUCACUGCAGGGCUAAUAAUCUGUCAUUUGUCCACCAUCUGUUAAUCUAAAGUUUCUGUCUCAGUUUAAUGAACUGAUAAACUUGUUUUUCUGUUCAAAACUUAACUUUAUGUCCAGCUAAUCUUUAAAAUCCUGCUCAUGCUCUGAUAUUUAUUAAUACCUCACUUCAUAAAUUGUAGACCUAUCAAAUCGGUCAAUAUUUUAGAUAGAUUUACAGUGUUUUUUUUAAUAUUAUUUAUACCCCUGAAACUCUUUUCUAUGAGUAUUUAUAAAUUGUCUUGAGUAAUUUUGUGGUUCUGUAUUUAGCAAUUUGUUUUUGCACAAAAUAGUAGCUGAUAUUGAGACACUGUAAAGUUUCAGGGUAACACUGUGACUAUAAGAUGUAAUGUGAUGUUAUGUUCCCUUUUUUUUAAACUUUUAAACAAGUUUUGGAUUUCAUGGAAAUCUUUGUUUAAUGUCUCAAGACUUUACCUUGUUCGUUUUAUAUAAUCUUAUUAUGGAACAAAAAAUGGGAAUCAUCAGUGGGAUGUUUAUCCCUUUUGAUCUUAAGUAUUAUGAUGUGUGUCCUGAUAAACAAGAUAAAAAUGUUAUCUCAUCAA